UCCUCCCACUUCCUCGUCGUGCCUCCACAGACUUCAAAGGCAACUCAGUCGACCAGCAGACGCUGUCUUACGAAGGUUCCGCCACAACUUUUGUCCGAGACACACACGCUCGCAGCAUGGGAAACGUCCACGUCUUUUGUCUAACUUUCGUCCUUGCGACACUCCUCAUCUUUGUCCAUGCUGGAGACAUGAUGCGCAAGAGUAUAGUCUUCGACAAAAAUACUCCUGACGUCUUUUACUGCCCUCAGCAUAAACCCACUGGCUUCGAGAAGAUGAUAGUACGAGCAAAGCCACUGUCAAAAUUAUGUCAAUUCGAAGGUGGUCCGAUACCCGAGGAUUACAAGAGCGACUGUUACAACGACGUGGACGAGACCGAAUACGCGUGCAAGGAAAAAUACAGAAUCAUGAUGAGACUCCAUCCACCUGGCAGCGAUACACCGUAUAAUGGAACACGUCUGACAAAAUUUCAAGAUCUCGACAAAGAAAUAUACCUCAAAAAAAACCAAGUUUAAAAAUAAAAAUCAAGUCAUAAUACAACGAAUCAAAGAUUUCAGUGAUAAUCUGACAAUGCUGAUCCAUAUCCUACUAAACAUACGAAACGAAAAAAAAAAUGCGAUCAAUUUUUUAUCAAUUAAUAAUUGAUCAAGGAAAAGACCUUUCUUUGACAUAGUGUCCAUACCUAUGAUUAUUUCCUAUUUGACAUUCCGUUUCAUUGUAUGGUUGAACGUUUCUUCAACAUCAUAAUUUUCGUGGUACCAUGCAUUAUAAAAACCCUGACUUAGUGCAUUUUCUCAACGAAAAACAAAAUUGUAACAUACUUGUAAUAUACUAAUUGUACGAGAAUAACAUACGCUGUUGAUUUUAAUCUGAAUUAUCCUAAUUAUUGAUUCAUGCUGUAUAUCUUUGAAUACGAUGGUAUAAAUCCACGAAUUCGUGUUCUCGUUGAAUCAACAUGAAAUUAUUGGAUAAAAAAGAAAAACCAAAAGCACAUAUAAACCUUAGGUUUUCUUAAAUUACAUUUAUUUUUUUAAAUUGGUUAUUUGUCACAAAAUGAAAGGUGAUUUCGUAUAAGGCGGAAGUGACGUCAAAUACUCUUUAGAAAUUCUAAUCGACAAUGAAUUUUUAUAAUUGCAGCUGAUAACUCUAAUAAAAGAACAUGUGCAUCCUGA